AUGGCAACAAGAAUCGAUAAAGAGGCUUGCAGGGAAGCUUAUAACCUCGUCAGAGACGAUAACACGGAGAUAAACUGGGCAGCAUUUAAAUAUGAGGGCCAUAUGAUUGUGCCGGCGGGCCAGGGGACAGAUUAUGAAGAAUUCAAGAGUCAGUGCACAGAUGAUGUGCGUCUCUUUGGCUUUGUGCGGAUCACAACGGGUGAUGCCAUGAGCAAGCGGGCCAAGUUCACCCUCAUCACCUGGAUAGGGGAAAAUCAGCACUGGUGA